AUGGUGGACGAGACACUGGAGUCUCAUGCCUUUUACUUCUCCUGUUCUAUAUUCUCCCUCUCUCUCUCUCUCCGUCAAUUCCAGGGCUUUGAUCCCCCUCAUCAAAGUGACACUAGGACAGUUUAUGUAGCAAACAGAUUCCCCCAGCAUGGCCACUACAUACCUCAACGUUUUGCUGACAACAGAAUCAUAUCAUCAAAGUAUACGAUUUGGAAUUUCAUCCCCAAGAAUCUGUUUGAGCAGUUCAGGAGGAUAGCCAAUUUCUAUUUUCUCAUCAUCUUUCUCGUACAGUUAAUGAUCGACACCCCUACUUCCCCAGUCACAAGCGGUCUGCCUCUUUUCUUUGUGAUCACAGUAACUGCCAUUAAACAGGGCUACGAGGACUGGCUGAGACACAAGGCUGACAAUGAGGUGAACGGGGCUCCUGUGUUUGUUGUUCGCAGCGGAAGCCUGGUUCAGACAAGAUCCAAAAACAUCAGGGUGGGGGAUAUUGUACGUGUGGCCAAAGAUGAGACAUUUCCAGCUGAUUUGGUGUUGCUAUCAUCCGAUCGAUCAGAGGGUACCUGUCAUAUUACCACUGCCAGCCUCGAUGGAGAGACUAAUCUCAAGACACACUACUCAGUGGCAGAAACCGCUAUAUGCCAGUCCGUAUCCCAACUGGAGACCCUGCAGGCUGUAGUGGAGUGUCAGCAACCAGAAGCCGACCUGUACAGGUUUGUCGGACGAAUAACAGUGACUCACAAUGGGGAAGACAUUGUCAGACCACUUGGUCCUGAGAACUUGUUGCUACGAGGGGCCAGGUUGAAAAAUACCAAAGAGAUAUUCGGUGUUGCAGUUUAUACGGGGAUGGAGUCAAAAAUGGCUCUCAACUAUAAAUGCAAGUCCCAGAAACGAUCUGCAGUUGAGAAAUCUAUGAAUACCUUCUUAAUCAUCUACCUUGGGAUCCUGCUCUCCGAGGCAGUCCUCAGUACCAUUCUGAAGUAUGCCUGGCAAGCUGAAGAGAAAUGGGACGAGCCUUUCUACAACCAAAAGACUGAUCAAGAGAAAAACAGCAGCCCGAUCUUGAAAUUCAUCUCGGACUUCCUGGCAUUCCUGGUUCUCUACAAUUUCAUCAUUCCCAUCUCACUUUAUGUUACUGUGGAAAUGCAGAAGUUCCUUGGCUCCUUUUUCAUAGGAUGGGAUUUAGACCUUUACCAUGUGGAGAGUGACCAGAAAGCUCAGGUCAACACCUCAGACCUUAACGAAGAACUUGGACAGGUGGAAUAUGUGUUUACUGAUAAGACUGGCACAUUAACAGAAAAUGAAAUGCAAUUCCGGGAGUGUUCGAUCAGCGGAAUCAAAUAUCAAGAAGUUAAUGGCAAACUAGUGCCAGAGGGUCGAACUGAUGAUUCACCAGAUGACUCUGCACCUACUUUGGUUGGAGAUGAAUUGUUAUUUCUCAAAGCAGUGUCACUGUGUCAUACAGUCCAGAUCAGCUAUGACCAACCAGACUGCCUCUCUGGGGCUGCAGACCCAUUUUCGCAUGUUAAUGGAUUUUCAUCUAAUGAAAUGGAAUAUUAUGCUUCUUCACCAGAUGAGAAAGCUUUAGUAGAAGCAGCAAAAAGAUAUAAAUUGCUCCAUGUGUUAGAGUUUGAUGCAAAUCGCAGAAGAAUGAGCGUCAUACUAGAGACUCCGUCAGGUGGCAAAGUGCUGUUUACCAAGGGAGCAGAGUCAUCCGUUCUUCCUUUCGCAUCUAGUGGUGAGAUAGAAAAGACGAGAGUCCAUGUAGACGAGUUUGCCUUGAGAGGGUUACGGACCUUGGUGGUGGCAUGUCGGCACUUCAGUCCACAGGAGUAUAUUGAAGUGGACAAGUUUUUGAAAAGUGCCCGCACUGCGUUGCAGCAGAGGGAGGAGAGACUACAAGAGGCCUUCAGUUACAUUGAAAAAGACCUACAAGUCCUUGGGGCAACAGGGGUGGAAGACAAGCUUCAAGACAAAGUUCAGGAGACAAUUGAGGCUCUGCGCCUAGCAGGCAUCAAAGUUUGGGUGCUGACAGGCGACAAACAUGAGACGGCAGUCAGCGUCAGCCUGUCCUGUGGUCACUUCCACAGGACCAUGAACGUCCUGGAGCUCCUGCAGCAGCGCUCUGACAAUGAGUGUGCUGAGCAGCUCCGUAGACUGGCUAGAAGGAUAAAAGAGGACCAUGUCAUUCAGCAUGGAUUGGUUGUGGAUGGAGCCAGUUUAUCUUUAGCAUUGAGGGAACAUGAAAAGCUCUUCAUGGAAGUUUGUAAAAACUGUACAGCUGUGCUUUGCUGCCGCAUGGCCCCACUGCAGAAAGCAAAGGUGGUGCGUCUUCUAAAAAGCUCUCCAGAGAAACCAAUCACCUUAGCUAUUGGAGAUGGAGCCAAUGAUGUCAGUAUGAUUCAAGAAGCCCAUGUUGGCAUUGGAAUAAUGGGAAAAGAAGGUCGCCAGGCCGUGAGGAACAGUGACUAUGCAAUUGCUAGAUUUAGAUUUCUGGCAAAACUUCUGCUGGUCCACGGUCACUUCUACUACAUUCGAAUAGCUACCCUUGUACAAUACUUUUUCUACAAGAAUGUGUGUUUUACUACGCCCCAAUUUUUAUACCAGUUCUUCUGCCUGUUUUCACAACAAACUCUGUAUGACAGUGUUUAUUUAACACUGUACAACAUCUGCUUUACCUCACUGCCCAUCCUGGUGUACAGUCUGUUUGAACAACUUGUUCAUCCACAUGUUCUUCAGAGUAAACCAGUCCUGUACAGAGACAUCAGCAGGAACGCUCUGUUAUCUUUCCGGACGUUCCUGUAUUGGACUAUCUUAGGAUUCUCUCAUGCAUUUGUCUUUUUCUUUGGAUCCUACAUACUAAUGGGUGAAGACACCACACUAAUGGGCAAUGGACAGAUGUUUGGUAACUGGACAUUUGGAACGUUGGUCUUUACAGUCAUGGUCAUUACUGUCACUUUAAAGCUUGCAUUAGAAACUCAUUUCUGGACAUGGAUAAACCACUUCGUGACCUGGGGCUCAAUAGCAUUCUAUUUCAUUUUCUCUCUGUUCUACGGAGGAAUCAUCUGGCCAUUCCUACACACCCAGGAUAUGUAUUUUGUAUUUGUACAACUGCUGUCCAGUGGCUCUGCCUGGUUUGCUAUCAUCAUCAUUGUCAUAACAUGCCUCUUUCCUGAUGUGGUGAAGAAGGUUUUCUACCGUCAUCUACGGCCCACCAGCACACAGAAAAGUCAGGUAGAAUGGGCCCAGGCCCUCAGCUGUGUGGAGUCCUUGUGCUGCUACCAACAUGGGCAGAGCGGCUGUUCCCGCCUGGCCCGCCUCCUGGAACAAAUGACUGGACAUUGCCCAACCACCAGCAACCACUGUGACGCAUCCAGCCGCAGCAACAGGUGUUGGAGCGACACGGACAAUUUCUGCUCCAACGAUCGGAGUAUCCUGACGCUGUCUCCGAUCGAGGUCACCCACUGCUGA